AUGAGGUCGCUCAAAUUGCUGGCUGCCGUCCUGCCAGUCCACUUCCUCGCUGUUCUGGGAGGGGCCACCGAAGUAGAUGUCAUUGUGACGGAGGUUCUCACCCGAACCAUCACCGUCUGUCCUCUUACCGCGCUGUUUACUUGCGACAUCGACCUUGCUACGAGCACGAGCACUACAACGUCUCCUGGAGCCGCCGAGACCACGAGCACUACAACUGGCCCCGUUGUCCCCGAGACCACGACCACCCAUGGAGGCGCAGGCGGAGGCGGAUGGGAGGGAUCCUCGACCGUGACGACCUCAAAUUGGCACUACGGGAACGGGACCACCACUUCGGUCUCUGGCAUCUCUUCUGCCACCACCACUUCCGUCUCUGGCACCUCUUCUACCACCACCACGGGCAACGGCACCAGCACCACCGGCACCGCCACCACAAGCAUCACCACCACCACCGGCAGCUCUUCGACCACAUCUACCUCUAGCUGUGCCAGCUCGUCGCAGACGGCCGUUGGCAUCCCCCUGCCGCGAUGCAAUGACGCGAACCACCGCAGCCGAUGGUGUGACGGCAAGUCAAUUGACGAUGACACCGACACUCCUUACUACUCGGGAGAAACGAAGAGAUACAGCUUGACCAUCACCGCUCAGGACUUGGAUUUUGAUGGCACGCCGCAGCCUGCCUUUGCCAUCAAUGGCCAGUCGCCUGGGGAGCCUAUUGUGGCCAACUGGGGUGACUGGGUGGAGGUGACGGUCUUCAACGGCCUGGCGGAUAACGCGACGACCAUCCAUUGGCACGGAGUCCGACAAUACGGCACCAACGACCAAGAUGGCGUCCCCGGGGUCACCGAGUGCGGCAUUGCGCCAGGCUCUUCCCGCGUCUACCGGUGGCACGCGGCGACGUACGGAACGGGAUGGUACCACUCUCACGCCCUGUCUCAAUACGGGGGUGGGAUCCGCGGCCCCAUCAUCAUCCAUGGCCCUGCGACCGAGGACUACGACUUGGACCUGGGCACGGUGAUGAUCAACGAGAAGUUCACCCAAACCAUCUUCCAGAUGGCCUACAACAUCGCCCGAGUGCGCGGGGCGCUGCCACCCUCGGCCAACUACUUGCUCAACGGGAAGAACAAGUCUCCGGACGGCAGCACGGGGGAGAACGCCAAAUGGGUGGUCCAGAAGGGCAAGAAGCAUCUCUUCCGCAUCAUCAACAGCUCGGCCCAGAGUUCGUAUGCGGUGCACUUCGACAACCACAAGAUCAAGGUCAUCAGCGCCGACUUCACGCCCAUCGUGCCCUACGAGACCGACGUGCUCUACAUUCAGAGUGGCCAGCGGUAUAACGUGAUUCUCGAGGCGAGCCAGCAGCCUGAAGGAGCAUACUACCUCCGCGCAAUCACCCAAACCGGCUGCGGCGAAACGUCGGCCAACGAUGGUCUCGGAACGGCCAACGGCAUCUUCACGUACGAAGGGUCUUGUGCCACCCCGACCACCGGCAACUUCACCCUCGCCACGGCCGGCGACUGCAAGGAUGAACCGCUGGCCAGCCUGGUGCCUCAUGUGUCGAAGAGUGCUGGCUCGACCACGACGUUCCGGGACACGGUCAAGCUUCUUCCCGGCGGCAACGCAGGCAGCCAGAACUUUGACGGCUACGGGCCAGUGGUCAGAUGGUACCUUGGACCUUUGGAGGACCUGUCGGAGAACAGUGGCGCUCCGGGAGCCAGCAAGGGGAUCAACGUGACCUUCGACCAGCCUACCCUGAAGACGCUCGCCACGCUGCCGACCUUGGGCUACAACAGCUCGCUGUACUCCAACACGGCCGUGCUGGACGGUCCGGCCGGGGACUGGGUGUACUUUGUGAUCCAGAACAACUUCCAGACCUCGCACCCCAUGCAUCUCCACGGCCACGACUUCGCCGUGCUCGGCCAAGGCCGCGGCGUCUUCACCGCGGACCAGAUUGGCCAGCUCAACUUCGACAACCCGAUCCGACGUGAUACUGUGUUGCUUUUCGGCUUCGGCAACCCCGUCGCGUUCACGUCGGGUUGGACCGUCAUCGGGUUCCCCACCAACAACCCCGGUGCUUGGGUGAUGCAUUGCCACAUCAUCUGGCACGCCGACGGCGGCAUGGGUCUGCAGUUCCUCGAGCGGCCGGCCGAGAUCAACGCCGGGAAAUACUACAACACGCCCGCCUUCCAGCAAGAGUGCUCGGCCUACGAAUCGUACGAGGCGUCGGGUGACCAUUUCAAGUCGCCGUACGAGGCUGGGAUCAAGCGACGACACCUGGCAGACCGGCAGUUGCACGGGCAUGGCCGCUUCCACGGAGGGUCUGUCCGUCACAUCUAG